CACUUCACUUCACUUUACUUGCAGUCCCUUACUUAAGCGCCCCCCCGACCUCCCCUCUUCUAUUGUACCUUUAGUUGCCUGCCUAUUGUACCUGCUCUGUUACAUCACAGACCACCCUAGAUUGCUACGUACUUGAGCGCCUCUCCUCUUCCACACCCUUUCAGUAUGCUCUCUUAGCCACCACCACCACCGAUUCGGUCUACUGCUUGAAUACAGCUCGACAGGCAGCAAAGUCUCCACAAUGGGUAUCUCAGGCCUUCUACCGCUUCUCAAGUCUAUUCAGAGGCCAUGUUCACUCAAGAAAUUCUCCGGCCAGACCAUUGGUGUCGAUGCGUAUGGCUGGCUUCAUCGAGGCACUGCUGCUUGUGCCAUCGAUCUAGCGCUCGAUAAACCUACCACUAAAUAUGUUGAUUUUGCGAUGAACCGAGUUCGCAUGUUGAUCCAUUUUGGUAUAACACCUUUCAUUGUAUUCGACGGCGAUUAUCUUCCCAGCAAAGCGGGAACCGAGAAAGAAAGAUCUGAGAGGAGGAAGGAGGGCAAGCGACUCGGGUUGGAACUAUUAAAAGUCGGAAAGGCCUCUCAGGCCCAGAUGGAAUUACAAAAGGCUGUCGAUGUCACGCCGGAAAUGGCACGCAUGCUAAUCGAGGAAUUGAAGCACCACAACAUUCGAUAUGUUGUUGCUCCGUACGAGGCCGAUUCGCAGCUUGCCUACCUCGAGCGACAGGGACUUAUCGAUGGCAUUCUGUCGGAAGAUUCCGACCUUCUAGUCUUCGGAGCAAAACGUCUCCUCACCAAGCUCGACAAGUACGGCGAGUGCGUCGAGAUCUGCCGCGACAACUUCACGGCUUGUAGGGAGGUCAGCUUGGUAGGCUGGUCAGAUGCGGACUUCCGACGCAUGGCUAUGCUCAGCGGAUGUGAUUAUCUUCCCGGCAUCGGCAAGAUGGGAUUGAAGACAGCGUAUCGCAUGCUACGUAAGCAUAAGACUGUGGAGAGGCUGGUCAAGGCAGCUCAAUUCGACGGCCAGUAUAAGGUCGCUCCAGGUUACCUCGAUGCCUUUUACCAAGCGGAGAAUACGUUCCUCUACCAAUGGGUUUUCUGCCCUAACAGCAACCGGCUAGUUAACUUGACGGAUCCUGCAUCUGGGGUGGAUGUGUUAGCAAUGCCAUAUAUCGGUGCAGAGGUACCUGCAAAUAUUGCUGUGGGUGUCGCAAGAGGGGAUCUACAUCCUCACUCAAAGGAGCCACUCACGGUCCUCUUCAGGGAAAAGCCGAACGCUAGGCCAUUACGUCCAUCACCAAGGGCGCAAGUCACUGCUCAAACUCCAGAUAUGAAGGGAUCAAAGCCAAUCGACUCAUUCUUCAAGCCAAAGCGUACACCACUUGCUGAGCUGGAUCCCAACAUCUUCACCCCAUCGCCCAGCCAACAAGUUCUUCUCGAGCAACAACGAAAUGCUAGUUGGGAUCCUGUCAUGGCGCCUCCUUUGUUGACGCAAGCGCGUUCCGCGAUUCCCAGGACAGCACCUCAACCUCCGAGGCGGACCGUAUCUGAAUCUUUCACCAGGCGCUCUGCUCCACAGCCAGCUAAGAGAAACCGUUUGUGCUCUGACAACUUUCUCAUUACUCCACUUGGUGCGAAGCAUGGAGAGGAACGGAGCCCAUUCUUCGAGCCCUCCAUCACAGAACCCAGCCCAUCUCUACGAAACAGCAAAAAGCAUAGAAAGUCGAGCAAUGAUUUCGAAUUGUACUCCGAUGACUCAAUUGAGGAAGCAAUGGCUAUCCUUGCUUCCACUCAAGAAUCGGCCAAACGCCCUAAGAAGAAAAAGAAGUUGGCUGUCUUCACGGAAGAUGAAACUCGUUCGAGCCUUGCCAGUGCCGAUUCACAGUCUACCAUCGCAUCAACGAGCACAGCAGAACUUUCGCAGGAGUCAACUGGAACCCUUACGCCAGCAACAUCUUUUGGUAGCCCUGCACCGGAGUCGUCGCUCGAUACGCCAUUCACCAAAGCACUAUCAUCUCAAGUGAAAAGCCUGCGCUCCAAGUUCUCCUAUCAUGCUCUGAAGAUGGCAGGAAACGUUCCUUCUGAGAUGCCUACUGCGUCAGGUUCAGCCAUCACGGAUGCUUCUCCAAAAUGUGAAACCGUAGAGAAGGCCUCGUCGGAGAAAACGGCAGCGACUCCUGAAGAUGAGGUCGGUGAGCUCGAGCAUGCUGCUUGGGCUAGCAUGGAGGCUCAAGUUGUUGUUGCUGCCGAGGCAAAGAAUACCACAGUUAUACCAAACUCGUCCCCUGUUGCUGCACCGCCAAAGCCCCAAAGGCUCCAGCUCCGUGGCAGUGAGGAUAUGUUCGUCCCUGAUAGCGAUGGCGAGAGCGAUGGCUCGCCACGCAGGCCUAUUCUGAGCCUAGAUCGAUUCGCAUAUGUUGGUUAGACCAUUCAACAUACUCAUAUGUGAUUCAGUACAUUAUACAGCGGAUUAUUGCGAUGUCUAUGACCUUUGCUACAGGUCAUGGCGCCAAGCUAAAACAAUUGUUUAUUUCAACAGGAUAUUUUUUGAAUCAGCGAGGGGAAAAAGCAGCUGAUAUCCGGUUUCACAAUUUUUUCUUACACAGAGGAUACCCUUGAGGCGUUCAAGCACUAUGCAUAAGCUGGGAUGGUUAUAGUACACAGAUCGGGAUACCCACAUUAAUGACUCUCUAUUCUCAAAAAUUUGGACAUCAUUGCA